GGUUCAUACCGCAGGCAGCCGGAGGUGCUGCAGUGACUCCGAGCUGUUGGCAGUGGGACCACUAGUGCUGCUCUCGGACAAACGCGAAAAAACAAUGUCGGUAACUUAGUUUGAGUCGUCGUUUCGUGAUGUGACGACCAGAGAAGGUUCGAUUCCUCUGGUCUGACAGAAGAAGAAAGUGAAGAGAAAGAAGCGAGGAUGAGCUCAGACAUGCACAAACCACCUCUAGCCCCGAAACCAAAGCUGGUGCAACCCCAGAGGCCGGGGCUCUCUCCCUCCACCACCAGAAGAGCCUGCCUUUCUCUCCCGUCUCCCGGCACGCCAAGGAGGGUCAAACCGGUACUGGCCCCCAAGCCCUGCCUCUCAAAACCCACAUCCGCCGCCGUGGCUUCCAAACCCCUCGCUUCAAAGAGCCCGCACCAAACAUCUGUAACAGAAAACCCUUGUGCUGUAGGUCUGCUGAACUCUCAUAAUGGAAUACAGCAAGAGAACAAAAAGCCGGAUUGGGAUUACAUUAUUCCUAUUUACUUGUGCAGCCAGGAAAACUGCCAGUGCAUCAGGAGCACAGCGGCAGGCAGAGACAAAACGGAGAGAGAGUUGCAGAAUGUUAAAGGCGAAGAAAAACGAAAGAUUCCCCAAACAUCCAGAGGUGUGGUGGAGAGUGGAGAGAGAACGGACGCUAGUAAGAGCCGAGUGAUGAGUGAUAAACCAGCACAGUCUGCCUCUACCAAUACCAACCUCACUCACCAUAAGCCUCUACAAGAGAGGCUCAAUUUGGACAAACAUCCUCACACAGACAUUACCUCCAGUCUUGUGGUGAACAUUAGGCCCUCUCCUCCUCACAGUACACGCAGCGAUAAGUCAAAUGGUAACGUAACACCUCAGGGUCCACCUGGGCGUGGGCCGAAGGAAGAUGCUCUUGGCUCAGGGCAGAUAUCUUGCGUGCCCCAACCCAAACCAGUCCCAGUGCCACGGAAACCCAGGACAGCUGUUCUGGCUGCCCAGGAAAAGGUGGAGGAGCAGAGGGAAGAGACUAUGAGCGUACAGGAAGGGAGGGAGAUGAACGUCAGAGAGGUGAAGGUGUCAUCGGAAGGGAAGGACAGCACACCCCUGUCUGUCAGUGUACCUGUUAGUUUAAACAAGCAGCCGAUUGUUCUGACUGUGAGAAAGGUCAGUGCUCCGCCAGCCCCUCCACCCAAGAAAAAGCCUUUUCUGUCUGCACCUGAGAGCGCGCCACCUGAGAUGCUGCCAAAGGAUGUGGACGAGGAGGACCUGGGCUGGGACAGCAGCGUUUAUGAGAUGGAAGUGUCGGUUGACAUGGAGAACGGAGAGUUGGACAAGGAGAUGCAAGGAAAGGAAGAUCAGGAGAGAGUCUUCAGCGACCUCACGCAUCGUCCGACUUCUAGCUUUUUGCUCAAUCAGCCGGAUAUCAGCCAGCCUCCUGCCAUCACCGUGGCAGCACAGAAGGUUGGGCACAGACUGCUUCCGAAGAAGCCGCAGAGAUACAGCAGCCACAUGACGUUGAUCCGGAGGAAGGAAUCCUCUGAGGAGAAAGAAAGUGGGAAAAUAGGAGAUGGUGAGAAAAGACAGGAGGUCGAUCCCAGACAAGAUUGUGUUUUGAGGGAGAGAGCGAUGAGGGAGCUGCCUCUGCCCCCAGAUGAGAAAGCAAGAAGAAGCCUCCUACCACCUGGAAUCAUUAAGCCCCUACGGUCCAGCCUGGGCAAACAGAGAGCCAAGUCGUUCUGCAGUGCCGACCUUGUUUGCUCCGACGCACCGAGGAGGAACUCCUUCCGGAAACUGCUGGACUUGAAGCUUUCGGUGAAGAUGCUGCCUAAGCUGAAAGUGAGACGAGGCCAGAGCCCGGACUGCACUGCCAACGACAAUGAGCAGAGUGUUGACAAUCUCCAAGAUGCACAUCAGAACCUCUCACAGCAUAUAAGAUUGGAACGUAAAUCAUCCUGUCCUCUGAUCGGAGUGGAGCAAAGCGUGGAUGGAGAUGACGUAUCCCCUGGGAUGGAUCAAGAUCUUCACUAUGAGAACAUCCGUCACUAUGAGGAGAUCCCAGACUACGAGAACGUCUACGAGGGGACCUUCUCACAGCCUCCGGCCUGGCAAGGCGACAUGUAUAAUGAUGAAGGCAUUUAUGAGGAGCAGGAGCCGUACAUGACCUUUGAGAAAAACUCUGGAAACCAACAGUGUCUCCCACCGACAGACUACGAAAGAAGCUCUGCCGGUGAGGAGGUGGAAGCCCUGGGCGACGGCCCGUCCGAUGAUGAUUUUAUGGUGAACACCUUGUCGUCAGACGAGGAGGACGAGAACGACAGCAGCUCCAUCUCAAGUAAAGGAGACGCUGAGCAGUCAGAGGAGAGUGCGAGUGGACAGAAGAAGAGCAAGAUUCACCACAUCGCUACUGAAAUCAUGAGCUCUGAGAGUGUGUUUGUCGAUGUCCUGAAGCUUCUUCAUGUCGACUUCCGAGAUGUGGUGUGCAAAUCAUCUCGUCAGAAUGGGAAGCCCGUGAUUGAGGAGCGACUUCUCAACCAGAUCCUGUAUUACCUCCCACAGCUCUACGAACUCAACCAAGACCUGCUGAGAGAGCUGAAGCAGAGAUUGGCCAAAUGGAAUGAGAGUGCGCAGCUAGCGGACAUUUUCCUGAAGAAAGGGCCCUAUCUGAAGAUGUACUCCACUUACAUCCGCGAGUUUGACAAGAAUGUGGCUUUGCUGGAAGAGCAUACCAAGAGGAACCCAGCAUUUGGAGCUGUAGUACGGGAAUUUGAGGCCACUCCACGCUGUGCCGGCUUGGCCCUGAAGCAUUACCUACUGAAGCCAAUUCAGAGGAUUCCUCAGUACCAGAUGCUGCUCACAGAUUAUCUGAAAAACCUCUCUGAGAACUCGGAUGAUUACAAGGACACACAAGCUGCCCUUGCUCUUGUGAAGGAGGUGGCCAAUCAUGCCAACGACAUCAUGAAACAAGGGGAUAAUUUCCAGAAGCUGAUCCAGGUGCAGUGCAGUCUGAACGGCCAUCAUGAGAUAGUCCAGCCUGGGCGGAUCUUCCUGAAGGAGGGCGUCCUGAUGAAACUGGCCAGGAAGGUCAUGCAGCCCAGAAAGUUCUUCCUGUUUAACGACAUGUUGCUGUACACCACCCCUGUUCAGUCGGGUCAGUACAAGCUGAACAACAUUCUGUGUCUGGCUGGGAUGAGGGUUAGCAAACCAAGCCAGGAGGCCUAUCAGAACGAGCUGAACAUUGAGAGUGUGGAGCGCUCCUUCAUUCUGUCGGCAAGUUCGGCAAGAGAGAGAGACGAAUGGCUCGGGGCCAUUUCCACAGCGAUCUGUGACUACACCAGAAAGAAAAUCAGUUUUAUAACUGGCAAACCUCUAGAGGAGGUAGAACUGACAGACGGUGGUGAUGGUGUUCCUUUGGGAUCCAAAGCCCCGAUAUGGAUCCCUGACCCACGGACCACCAUGUGCAUGAUCUGCACCUGUGAGUUCUCCCUGACCUGGCGGAGACACCACUGCCGAGCAUGUGGAAAGGUGGUGUGCCAGUCCUGUUCCUCCAACAAACACUGCCUUGAAUACCUAAAGAACCAGUUAGCACGGGUGUGUGACCAGUGCUUCAUUGUUCUUCAGCAGCAGAAAAGUGAAGGCUCCAUUUCAGCAGCUUUGUCCCCUGGAGGCAGAAACACCUUUGCUUUUUCCAGGAAGCAGAAGAAGAAACCGGCUGCACUCAAAGAGGUGUCAGCAAACACAGACAACUCCUCCAUGAGCGGCUAUCUCCAGAGGUCAAAGGGCAAUAAGAAGCAGGGGAAGAGGCUGUGGUUUGUCAUUAAAGACAAAGUCUUGUACACGUACGCUGCAAGUGAGGAUGUCGCAGCCUUAGAGAGUCAGCCCCUGUUAGGAUUCAUGCUGAAAGUGGAUUCAUUUCAGGAGUUACAGUUUAAGCUCUACCACAAAAACACACUGCACCACAUUUUUAAAGCUGAUGACGCACAAACAGCUCAAAGAUGGAUCGACUCAUUCAAAGAAGCCACUGUACUUUAACACCUUCAGUUCAUCAACGAACUUUCUAACCUGUCAAUGUUUACCUCAGAUCUACAAAAAGCUCCUGGAGGCACAAUAUUAGUUGCAUUAAAAUGAAGUAAACACAAAUUACUUUUCCAGUUAAAACUUACUGUAAUUGCCUUUUCCAAUGUUUGUUGAGUACUCUUUUGGUGGUGAAAUUUACACACCAGUGUUUUCCACCAGAUAUUAUUUUAGCUGUGUUUAAAUUUAACAUUUAGAUUUAGUCACAUUUUAAUUUAAUUGUGUAGUUGCCUGUUUGGAUCUACAUAGCAUCGAUUUGUCAGAUAAAGCCCAUUGUCUGUAGAUUUUUUAUAAAUAGUGUAAAUUAAUUUGUAUCCACAUUUGCCUAAAUGUUAAAACAAAUCUUGCAAAUGUGUUCUGCUAUUCAGGGAUUAGUACUUUAUUUCACACAGAUCUAGAUGUACAGCACUCAAGACACAACUUUUAAUACUUGUAUAGGAAAGUUUCAUUUUCACAAGUCUCACUAGUUUAUCUGGGAAUAAAUAUUCACUGUUUGGACAUUAAUUAACUUUACUUUGACAUAAAUAUACUGCAAAGUGUUUUGCACUUAAGUCACUUAAAUGGUUGUACAUAGAUUAUAUCCCAUAAACAUUUAUAAUUUGUAAAUAUAGAUAAUUGUAAAUGAAAUGUUAUUAAAGUUCCAUGAAUUUUGCCUUUUA